AUGAGGAGUUUUUUGGUAGUGGCUACGCUCACUGCUGCGGCUUCGGGGGCUAGCCCGGCGCUCGGCUUUCUUGCGUCGGGCAACCGUGCGGUCCGGUCGACGAACAAGGCCUUACAGCUGCAAGCCUCCCCGGGCGACCCACUAUCGUCUAGGCCUACAAGGGUUCCUCCCAGGUUCAGCCGCGGCAGCACACGCGGCCCGCCCAGCAGCAACAACAACGUCGGCCGGUCGGAAUUUGACAGCAGCAGCAGCACCAGCGGGGGAUUGGGUGGUGCUUGGAGAACAGGGGGGACAUCGUCGCCAUCACCGACAUCUCCAGGGAUUCACGCCGCCAUAAGCGACACCGUGGUCGACGACUUCGGGGGCAGUGGGAAGGUGCCCCUCCAGGAGCGGCUGCAAGCAGCCCCGACUUUCCUACGGGACAAGGCCGUCGACCUGCGAGAGGAUGCUCGUGACCGCGUGCAAGACAUUCGGGAGGGUCUAGCGACGGUGACGAGCUCCAUCAACUCGGACUACGUCGCGCCCUUGGCCCACCUGGCCCGCAACCCUUCCACCAUCCACUACACCGCGGCCAUGUCGGCACGCCUCUGGUACUUCAUGGCGCAGCAGUCUCUCAUCUCGAGCACGGUCGGCGGGAAGCUGUCCGUUGAUCCCGUCGCGCUGUCGCGCGCGAUACUCGCCGCGCUGGCGGGCGGGCGGGAAGAGCCCAUUCUAGAGGCCAUGCGCAUCAUCCCCGAUGAGAAGAUCACGUCCACGGAGAGCUACGCUUGGUGGUCACGAAACCUCAAAGGCAUCGUCGCCGUCAUGAAACGCGAAGCCGUAUCCAUCGAGAGUGGCGAGUACAAGCUACCGUACGACAUGAGGAUCAUCGAGGCAAUGGGGCUGUUGAGGUACAACCCGGCUAAAAUGCUGGUGGCAUUCUCCGCCUACUACAGGGAUGAGCUCCAGCGGAAGCACAAGGCGAGCGCGAAGGCGGAAGACGAAUUUCCUUCGCCCACCUUCUCCGCGCCCGGGCGCUACCCGGAGUACUUCCUGACGAACGAAGACCUCCUGUCGACCAAAGGCUCGCAAACGAUGGACUACAACUUGGAGUCCAAGAUGUGGGGCAUGGGUGAUGCCAUGCGCCGGCGAUCGAUCCUGCGCAUCGGGCGUGCGUUAGCCGACAAGGACCCUGAGACCGCAUCCCUCCUCGACGUAGGCUGCGGCACCGGUAGAUUCCUGACCUUCGUCAAGAACAACUUCGAGACGCUGAAGGUCACCGCGCUAGACCUGUCCCUCUUUAACCUGAGGAUGGCUAAGCAAAACCUUAACGGGGUCGAAGGCGUGACCUACGUCGAGUCUAACGCGGAACACAUGGCUAUCGAGAACGAGUCCCAGGACGUGGUCACCUGCAACUUCGUCCUGUCCACCAUCCCCAAAGAAGCCCAGGCAAACGUUAUCAACGAGCUCGCACGCACGCUCAAGCCCGGCGGCAAGGCCAUCGUGGUCGACGCCACUCAGCCCGAGUUCGACGGCGCGGGAGUGUGCACCCUCGACAGGCUGCCGUCAUGGGGGCAGAUGACCCCGACCUACCGAGCGUACCUCAAGUCCGACUUGGAGUACAGCCUCAUUAAGGCCGGGCUCUUCGUGCAAGACAAGGAGAUCAACUGGGUGUCCAAGGUUAUCGUUGCUCAGAAGCCUCCUCGGCUCAGCGCGCCUUCCACACACGGAAGGCUCAUGGGCGUCGGCUCGUGA